AUGGGUUAUUUGGUAAAUUUUGUCUUUGCGAUCUUCACCUUCUUGUUUGAGUUUGAGUUCGGCUCCUCGAACAUUGCUGAAGAGACCUUCUACCACCACGACUUUGGCUACAAGAAGACGGGCCCUGCGACGUGCAAGCGUCGCUCCAACAGUGCGAAGACACCGAAGGGGCAACACAAAGGACAAGGCAAAGGACGUGGGGGAGGCAUGGGCAAAGGCAAAGGCGUGGCGGCACCACUUCCACCACCACAGAUACCAUGGCCUGGCUACGCAAUGCAUGGAAUGCCAGUUCCACCCAUGCCUACACUGCCGCCUCCCCAAAUGAUGCCUGUGAACAAUCCAGGCACCUCACCAGCAGGCUUUUCCUGGCCGGCUAUGCCGCCGCCACCGGACUUGCCAGCUACAAUCUCGACAACCUCUCCGGUACAGACCUCAGAGGAGAAGGAGUUGGUCGAGAUGAUCAAGACGAGGCAGAUGGAAUUGCCGCCAGAUAUGAGGAUGAAAGUCCAAAACUUUGCCAAAAAGGAAGGUGCAAGAGCUACGAAAGACUUGCAUACAGCUGUUCGACUUCAGGGACGAGCACGACAGGAUCUCGAGGAUGCCUUACAAGCACGCUUCAACCUCAUCGCAUCAUGGAAAACCUUCCUUACAGAUGCAAUUCGUACGUGGCAGGAAUAUGCGACGCUCUUUCAACAGCAAGAGAAGGACGUCCAAACAAAGAUACAGGAAGCGCAGGACCAGUUCAACCAGGCCAAUGUCCAGUUGGACCAGUCCCAGACGGCUGCCGGCAAAGUCAAAACCAUCGUGAUCAAGGACGAGGACGACGAGAUUGCGGAGGGGCAAGCCACAAUCUCGAGCGCUUCAGACAAGAUCCACGACAGUUUCAAGACGCUCUCAACCUCCCUACUUCAACUUCAAGCUCAAACCGAGCAGAUCGAGACAGACAUGCAAGCUGCGAAGAGACCACGACUGAGUAUGCCCUCUGCGGGAGAUCAACUCAUGGAGCCCACGGAGGAAGGCAAGAGAGAACGCGAUUGGUCUUGCACUCUCACUACAUGGACCUUCGAUCUCUAUGUCAUCAACUACCAGUUCGACUUUGAGGAGCCCUACUGGGAUUCUGAGAAGUUCAACAACAAGGAGGAAGCACACCUUCCACCUCUACCAGAAGAACGUGCGGUAUCCAGUCAGAUGACCGCCAGCAGAGAGCUCACAAACCUUCGGGAACUUCCGCACUGGUUCUCACAAGUUUGGAAUCUUUUGGAUGAGGACGGUCAAGUUGAAAAUGAUGAGGAAGGCCCCAUUUUCUGCUUCCUUGGUGACCCCUACAUGUUCUUCACCACGGACGAGUUUCUGAUCUAUGUGACACACGUCUACAACAAGGAGCAAUGGGAGAGACAACUUGUGGACAGACUUCAUGCUCUCUAUCCACCACGCGACACAUGGGACUGGGGAGAAGGUGAUGCUGUCAACUUGAUGACGCGAAGGGCCACAGCAGUCAGGACAGCCACGGCCUAUAUCCCCAGUCAGAUCGGCCCUAUUGCCCAUCAAGUUACUGCGGAUGCUUUCAAUCUCCAACAUGGUGACAUUCUGCGUCUUCACAGACUUCAAUCCAUGCCUGUGGAUUUGGAAGACCUCCAGAUGGAUGUUUAUUUGGUACAACUGGUUCAGGAUGGACCCAUUGCGCCCAUCCUCCGCCUCACACUGGUCGACGUGGAGAUUUAUCUUCCUGGAGGAUCACAACCAGUUACUUACACCAGAAACGUACAGUGGCUGCCCAAUUUUGUGAAUCGAUUGUCUCUUUUCCGACUUCUACAUCUGGAACAGCACUGUCAUGACACUCCUGACCGUUGUCAUCUCUACCUGAAUGACUUCGAGAUCGAGCAGGAUCCUGCAGCCACGAUGGACAUUGAACAUGGACAUUAUGUCAAUGUCUACAUUGGAGCUUGUGACUCCAAUUUACUGGACCAGAUGCUGCAGGAAGAAGAGGUCGAUGAUCAGAUGCAACUACUGCAAUGUCCUGUCAAUGGAAUUGGAAGGCUGAAUGCACCACUUUGGAAGUCUCGAACAGACCAGCCUGUUGAACCACCAAGACCUGAGCAGUGGUGUCAAGCAAGAGGACGAGAUCGGCAGAACACCUUCAGACCAACCCCACCUUGGGGCAUUGACCUCAUCAGGCGCUUUGAGGCUGAAGCUUUCGUUGAGGUUGAAGAAGAAGGACAUGUAGCUUACAUUGUAACGUGGUUGGUCCAACAUGUCAGACAACCUAUUUGCAAUCAGCCCCGCACUGUGCGUCUGGGGGACAACCCAGCCGAUUGGGAGAGCAACAUUGUGGAUGCGUGGAACGACCUCAUCGACCACAGACCGAUCUACAUCUACAUCAUGUUCGCCCACGUCCAAUACAGGGCCAGUCUACUGCAGAGACUUCCCCUUCCUGCAGUUGAGCGAGAUCGAAUUCCUUUCUUUCGAGUGCACCUGAAUGAGAUCCCUUUUGGCCUUUUUGAGAUUGAAGAGGUUGAGCCUGGAACCCAUUUGGAUAUUUUUCCGCCAUCCUACAGGCCCGACCUGCCAGCAGCCUCACCAAGAUUCGUCACCUUGGAGGACAAUCAUGACCUGCUGAACUUCAUGCAGAGCAAUGUCAUUUUGCGAAGCACCACUACGAGCCUUACCAAUGGGAUGCAUUCUGAGUGCCACGAUGACACUAUUUUGAGUACCACCUCAACCACAGUUCCAUUUCAAUUCAAUCCGAAUGCCAAUGAAUUUGCGAUGCCCCGACCAGCCCUACACAGCCAGUCAGAGUUCGUGCAAGAGCUCUUUGAGCCUUGGCAAAGAUCUGCUGCGGCAUGGGAUGGAGAAGUCCGAUCAUGUACAAUAGCCACCUGGUAUGUCAACCAUCGCUGGCCACGACCACAUGGACAUUACCAUCGACGCGUGCAGCUCUAUGAGAACUACCAGGCUUGGGAAGACUCCAUCAGGGCUACUUGGAGAGAUCAGAUCGACCCCAAUGCGGAGACGGACUUCUACCUCGUGUAUCCAUCGCCACUCAGUGGCACCAAUGACAUCACUGCCCAUGUCAUCAUGAUACAAUACGAGCAUCCAUUGUGGGUCACUUCUCUUGUCUCUGUCAUUGAUGAUGAUCGUCGACAGGAUGACCCUGUUGUUCAACUUGCGGUCACAACCCACGAACACAUUCUCUUUGAGAGCGUGCUUCUCGCCACUGAGCUCGUGGACAGCUGCCUGGGAAGCAUGGGUCACCCAGCGACACAUGUAUGUCAAAUGUGGCAUCAAGAUACUGAACUCUUCAGGGGGCAACCGUGCCCAGGGAGAAACGGCCUUGGCAUUCAUGUCCACAUCAGACGCCAGCAGCAACCCCCUCCUGUACAUCCUGGCAUGAACUUGCUGCAGAGAUACACUCGUCUCAUCACUGCACGCCCAGACAGGAGGAAGGAACAGGAGGGCCUAACAGAUGAGCAGGUGGCUCACACUCAUCGGCCCUGUCUACCCCUCACCACAGCCAUCAGGAUUUACAGUGGACGUCCGGAGCAUUCUCUGCUACCGGAUUUCAUCGAAGUCGCCAGACCAGCGACCGCCACCAGCAUUCAACAGGAGCUCACCCACUGGGGGCACACCUGUGAGGUUGACCUACUGGAGGAUUUGGACAUUGCAUUUGCCUACAUAAUCAACGGUGAACUCCAGAAAACGUGCAAGAUCUUCUUCUCCAUUGCGAAUGGACAAAUCAUUGGCCCCUACUACUAUUUGGAGCCUCCACAACUGGAGAAUGAGACCAUUGACAUGAAGUUCCUGCACUCCAACAGCCAUCCAAAGGCCGUUAUUACCUCCUACAGAGUUGCGCACACCGACCGGGACAGCAGAGUCAAGAUUGGCAAGACGACUGAAGAGCUGUGCGAGCUGUUCCACUGCUCGAAUUUUCCGUUGCACACCAAUUUUGAGGAUCUACAGCUCCCGGUCGAGCUACACCUUUUCUUGAAUAGCAUUCCCUUGCUUGGUGAUGUGCACCCUGACCGGUACAUUAUCUACGUUGAUGGAUCUUUACAGGGACAACAACAACAUCAUCCCACUGCUUGGAUUGAAGAGCAUGGCAUUCCAGAUGCGUGGGCGAUGAUUGUUUUAGCGGAAAGGUACGCAACACCGGACCAAACACACCAGCUUUUUCUGGUUGGCUGGACUGCCCAGCAGGUCAGAUACGACUCUGCCAGCAGAUUUUACAUUGGCUCCACGAUCCCAGGGUCCCUCACCGCUGAGAGAGAAGGUAUGACAUGGGCCUUUCUCUGGCGGAUUGGCCAGAACAACAUGGUCCCCACUUUGUUCCGCAGCGACUCACAAUUGACCUGUGAUCAAGCCAGUGGCUCUAAGGGUGCCACUAUCUUGGAUGAUUCCUUUCUUUGCCUGCGUGGAGCUUAUCAACUUCUCGACACUGCACUUCCGCGAGGACAUCUAGAGCUGGAGCACAUCUACGGCCACUGUGGUGAACCCUUCAACGACUUCACAGAUCUUAUGGCGAAGCAGGAAGCGCUCUCCAGCUUCUAUUUGCCCAGACUCAAGAUUGACAUGACCAGCUGGCGUACCAAAUUACCACAUUUGUGGCUUCUAUUUGCCCAACAUCUUGGAGGACCACAACAUUAUGAUGGAUACCUUCAUACGCCGGUACCGAACCUGCCCAACCCAGAGACUGCAUCGCCAAGUAUGAACCCAACGAGGACACAGGGCAUGAUCCACAUCAAGAUCCAGCUGAGCCUCUGCACUGCCAAUGUCCUGUCGAUGUACAACCGACCAGAAGGCUAUGCAGGUAAGGUCGGAUAUUUGGUGGAACAGUUCCAAGCACAUUGCCUUCUCUUUGGCGGCAUACAGGAAGCCAGAACACCAGAAGGGAGUUGCAGAUGCCAAAACACUCUGCGCCUGUGCUCUGGAGCUUCUCAGGGACAAGGGGGCGUGGAGCUGUGGAUCAACUUGAUCCAACCAUAUGGAUAUGAAGGGAGGAUCCCUCUUCUCCUGAAGCAAGAGAAUGUUCAGGUCUUGCAUGCGGACCCUCAGAGAUUGCUUGCCAGAGUUGUUGCUACGCACCUGGACAUUUUUGUCCUUGUGGGACACGCUCCUCACAGUGGCCAUCCGCAAGCGACCAGAUCUACAUGGUGGACGUCGACCACUGAACUUCUUCAUGACCUUUGUGGGGAGAAUAAGCCCUAUGUCAUGAUCGAUGCGAAUGCGGAACCAGGUUCGGCAGAUGGCUGCUCAGUUUUGAACACCACCUGCACCACAUCCAAGUCCACUCCAUUGUGGCGUCAGUUUCUGGCUGAACAUCAACUGGCUCUGCCACAGACGCUGCCACUACAUGUUGGAGGGCUUGCCACGUGGAUCAGUCCUGAAGGUUCCACGACACACUGUUUGGACUAUGUUGCUGUCCCUGUGGAGCGUUUGCCAUGUUGUACAUCGUCACAACUUCUGGAAUCCCUUGACCUGGGCAAUGAACAACAAGACCAUACCCCGGUUGCAGUCGAGCUUGAAUGGGACUUCCACGCCUUUUGUCCCAAUCCACCUGAGCGGCAAUUGAAGGACAAUUUCGACCGCACAAUCAUCAGGACGGCCAAGAUGGAUGGCUUCCUGGAGAACUUUCCCACUAUGGACUGGGCGACAGAUGUGGACACGCAGGAGGCAGAUGCAGAUGGAACAACUUUUGAUGCGUUCCCUGCAGACCAGGGGCCCAACCUUUUUGGAUGUCCAGUUGAAACCGAGGAGAUGCCCCACAAGUUCCUUGGACCAUGCUGGAUGGACGACCUCUGUGUGGCAAUGAGUGCGGAUCAUUGCGAGACGCUGUUGCGAAAGACCAGAUGUUCAGCUAGCCUGCUCAUCGACAAGUGUCUUAGCCAUGCAAUGAAGCCCAACCUCGCUGCUGGCAAGACUGAGAUUCUUCUUGCCUUUCGAGGCAAGGGUGCAAGGAAAGCCAGGAUUGCACACUAUGGACCUCUGGCUUCUCGACAGCUCCAUGUGAUUGGAGAGUACGCCUUGCCUCCAAGCUCUGCAUGGGUACAUGCGCAAUCGAUGUCCAUCUUCGCGUUUGGCUUGCUGUGGUCUUGUGCUUGGGAUCGGGAUAAGAGAAGCUUGCCGCAAAAUUUUGCUUCUGUCACAGGAGAAGAUGCAACUACAACCCUUUGGAGCCAGAACGCGGCGCCCGAUCCCAAGCACAAGACCACAGCAAGCCAAACGCGAAGAUGGACAUCGAUUGCGCAUGUACCCAUGCAGAGCUUGGAGGACGACUUCCGCUGGAUGUAUUUCCAACUUGAGGGAGCCACACACCUGGGUGAUCCUCAACAACACCUCGCAGCCUGGCUUGCGGUUGCCAAAGAUCACAGGAGCUACUGGAGACGCCUGGUUCGUCGAGCAGGACUACAUGCCCGCAAACAACGAGCCAGAGAACAACAUCUCAUUCAGUUCCACACCGGCAUUCUGCAACGACUCCGCCGCUGGGGAUUUACACCCACCACAACGACUUUUGUCCCUUCGGAGACCACCUUGCCACGUCGUUGGGGGUGCAUGAUCUGCGGCAUGAGCUUCAGAUCCAAGGGAGGUGAAGGAGCCCACAUGUGCAGAAUCCAUGGCCAAGUGAACCCAGUGAGAACCCUUUUUCAGGGCACGCAGUGUCAAUGCUGCCUCAAGGAAUACCACACGGCUACAAAGCUGAAAGCACAUCUACUACGUGCCGCAAAUUGCCGACAAAACCUUCUUGGACGACAGACCAGAAUGCGCCCGAUACCGGGGACAGGAUCUACGCAAGAACAGGAGUUGGUCCAAGCUCAUGACAGACUCCUCCCGCCACUUCAAGCAGCUGGGCCUCGCCUGGAGGCUAACUUUUUGCGGGACUUUGAGACCGUUCAUUGGCCUCUCCAUGAUGCGUGCUGCCUGGCCUUCGUGGAGAUCGAGGACUUCAUUGACUUGGAGCAGAACCUUCGGGACAUCAUCAUGGAGCACCCUAUUUCCUGGACUUUGUGUACCGCUACGCUGCAUCGCGUCCGCGCUACAAUACAGGAACACAACCAGGAAGACAGUAUUCUACUGAGAGGGGAGACAGUCUUGCUCCAGCUUGUCGACCGACUGUUACAGCCCGACACUUGGUCUUUCCUGCGCUCCACUCAGCCCAUUGCUGAUGGACGAGACUUGGGAAGCAUCGAGCAUGACCUCCUGGAUCUCUGCAGUCCUGAAGUCCCUAUCUCAGCACAGGCGGACCCGGAUCACGAUUUCCUGACUGUUUGCAAAGCAAUGACGGUUGCCGACUACACCGUCGAAUACG